AUGAAUAUAGACUGUUUGUGUCAUUGGAUAGUUCUGCCGCUACUGCGCUAUCCACUUCUGGUAUCUCUUGUAUUGAGACGAUCUCUCAGUGACUCAACAAGCAUUUGUUUAACAGUCUACACACUACUGAUAAAUGCUUUUCUCAUUGCCAAUUCCUAUAUAAAACGUUCCGGACAGAUCACCUGGAAGAGUCUUCAUGAAUUUAAAAAUGGCAUAGUUCUUGUGACUGGAGGAAGUAAGGGGCUUGGCCGGGCCAUAGUAUUUCAACUCCUACAAGAUUACAGCAACCUGACCAUCUUGAACGUCGACAUAUGUCCAUCGCCAGUAAGAGAUCCUCGCGUGAAAGAUCUAAUCUGCGACCUGAGCGAUGAUGAAGAGGUUACAGCAUUACUGAAUUUAUUGAAAAGAAAGUACAAAAGUGAAAUCCGGUUGAUUGUGAAUAAUGCUGGAGUAAGGGCAAACUUCACCGGAUUCAACCGCAUCAAACGUGAAAAUCUUGACAAAGUGUUUAAGAUAAACACAUUUGCACCACUCCAGUUCAUUCAGGAAUUGGCACCCAGUAGACGCUCGACUAGACAAUGCUAUAUCAUCAAUAUUGCAAGCAUUUUGGGUAUAUUGACGCCGGCCAAAGUAGCAGCUUAUGCGGCGAGCAAGGCAGCAUUGAUAGCCUUUCAUCAGUCGUAUAGUUUUGAAUUGCAAAAUGAAGGCGUAAGAAAUAUCAGAACGCUACUGGUGACCCCAGGGCAACUGAAUACAGAAAUGUUUGCAGGAUUUAAGCCACCACGCCAAUUCUUUGCUCCUGUAAUUGAUAUUGAUACUUUAGCUGCCAGAAUAGUCAGCUGUUGCGAAUCAGGUCAAAGAGGACAAUUGAAUGAGCCCUUUUAUUGUAGUUUUGCUCAUCUCUUGAUGUGCAUACCUUAUUCGCUACAGCGCACUGUGAGAAGCUUCACUUGUAUAGAUUGCUGUCUUCCGGACGAGUAG